AUGGCCGCCACCACCGAGAAACGCAAUUUUUCCUCCCUGUCCUUCUCCUCCAAGAAGCAUCUGAACGGCGACCCGGGCUCCGGCGCUCACACUCCCACUACAACCAAGUUGAAAAACUUCUUCCGCAUAAACAGCGGUGGAAGUCAGACCUCGAUAGGCUCCGACGGCUUGCCCACCCCCAAGACGGAAUCCAAACCCGUCAGGCAGUCACGCUUCCUGCCCGGCUUGAAUAGAAACAGAUCUACCACCGUUGCCAGCGAGGGACACCCCCUCGACGACGCUAUCGCCUCUCCAACCGCUCACGCCAACCCCUACUUCGUCCAUCAAGGGCCUCCUGCCUUGCGCCACCACAAUGAAGGCAGCGUCCCCCCCUCCCCUCCAGACACACCCAAGGUCCAUGUCAACGGCACGGCCGUGGAAGAGAAGGCGGUCACGGCGGGCAAGGAAGAACUGGCGCGGAAACUGAGAAGAGUGGCGUCGGCCCCGAAUGCACAGGGUCUUUUCACUGGGAACAAGCCAACUACCGAGAGACCGUCGACUGCAGAAUUGGGAAAGGAGCCGCUGGCGGUAAUCAAUGGCUCGUCACCAAAGCUGGGCAUGAUUCCUCAGGAGGACUCGAGCACCCACAGCCUCCCGCCCAAACCUGGCAAAAUCCCGCUGCCAGGACAGAUUCGCCAGUCGGUCGCCUUUCGAAGAACGUACAGCUCCAAUUCGAUCAAAGUCCGCAAUGUCGAAGUGGGUCCUCACAGUUUCGAUAAGAUCAAGUUGAUUGGCAAGGGUGAUGUUGGCAAGGUUUACCUCGUCCGUGAAAAGAAGUCGAACCGGCUGUAUGCCAUGAAAGUCCUCAGCAAAAAGGAAAUGAUCAAGCGUAACAAGAUCAAGAGAGCGCUGGCCGAACAAGAGAUCUUGGCCACGAGCAAUCAUCCCUUCAUUGUCACUCUAUAUCAUUCUUUCCAGUCCGAAGAUCAUCUCUACCUAUGUAUGGAGUACUGUAGCGGGGGUGAGUUCUUCAGGGCAUUGCAGACUCGUCCGAACAAAUGCGUCGGCGAGGAAGAUGCCCGAUUCUAUGCGGCAGAGGUUACAGCCGCAUUGGAGUAUCUGCACUUGAUGGGCUUCAUCUACCGUGACCUGAAGCCGGAAAACAUUCUCCUUCAUCAGUCAGGCCAUAUCAUGUUGUCAGACUUUGAUUUGUCCAAACAGUCGGAUUCCGGUGGUGCCCCGACCAUGAUCUUGGGCACUCGCAACGCGUCGAAUCCCACUGGGUAUCCUCUAGUUGAUACCAAGUCUUGCAUCGCCGACUUCCGGACGAAUUCGUUUGUCGGCACGGAAGAGUAUAUUGCUCCGGAAGUGAUCAAAGGCAAUGGACAUACGAGUGCGGUCGACUGGUGGACUCUGGGCAUUCUGAUCUAUGAGAUGCUGUUUGGAACGACCCCUUUCAAAGGCAAAAACCGGAACGCAACCUUUGCAAACAUCCUCCGGGACGAAGUGCCUUUCCCGGACCAUUCGCACGCGACACAAGUAAGCAACCUCUGCAAGUCGCUUAUCCGGAAGCUUUUGAUCAAAGACGAGGUCAAACGACUGGGUUCUCGGGCAGGCGCCUCGGACGUCAAAAACCAUCCCUUUUUCCGCCCGAUAACAUGGGCUCUUCUCCGCCAUAUGAAGCCGCCCAUGAUCCCCCACCAAGGCAAGGCUCUCGACACGGUCAAUUUUAGAACAGUCAAGGAUAGCGGCAGCGUUGACAUUGGAGGUCCGGCAAGUCGACUUAAAGGGGUGCCAUUGGAUUCGUCUCUGGCGACACCGGGAGGCGAGAUUGCGGAUCCGUUCCUGGAAUUCAACAGCGUGACACUGCACCACGACGAUGAAGAUGCGAUCGUGAUGCAAGACAGUGGACCCCCACAGAGUGGGCGGUGA